AUGGCACAGGACGUAAUCAAGUCUCAAAUUGAGACACUGCGUGAUCAAGUCGAGAUGGAAGAUCAGAAGCAUGACGCAUCACACGUGGAACGAGUCUUGUCACCGACUGAUGACCUGAAGAAGGACGACAUGGAUUUCUCGCAAGUGGAUAGAGAAGUCCAGCUCUAUGCCUCUCGGGCUCAGGUCGAGGUAGACGAGGCGACCAAUAAGCGCUUGAAGCGCAUGAUUGACCGUCGCAUCUUGGUAAUCAUGAUCUUGACUUAUUUUCUACAAGCGUUAGACAAAGGAACAAUGUCGUUUUCUUCGAUUAUGGGCAUCAAGAAAGAUGCUCAUCUGGAAAAUGGGCAAAAGUACUCAUGGCUCACAACCUGCAUCUACAUUGCUGUAUUGAUUGUGGAAUAUCCUACAAACUGGAUCGUCCAGCGAGUCCCGAUAGCGAAAUAUCUCGGUAUUAAUAUCUGUCUCUGGGGAAUUGUCUUGGCGAUGCAUGCUGCAUGUCAUAACUUCGCCGGUCUCGUGGCUGUACGAAGUCUUCUAGGUAUCUUUGAGGCUUGCUGUCAGCCCAUCUUUGUCCUACUAUCAUCGAUGUGGUAUAAACGGGAGGAGCAGGCUGCAACAGUCACCUAUUGGUACAUGAUGAACGGCGCCCAGCAGAUUGUUGGUGGCCUGCUAGCAUACUGCUUCACGCUAAUAGGAGGUGACAAGGUACUCAAAUCCUGGCAAGCAUUAUUCCUAUCAUAUGGAUGCCUUUCAGUUCUAUGGGGCUUAUUUGUCAUCUGGUACAUGCCUGACUCACCUAUGCGAGCGAAAUGCUUCAGCGAAGAAGAUAAACAGCUUAUGGUGGAGAGACUGCGAACGAAUCAGACCGGUAUCCAGAAUAGAAAAUUUCGAAAAUAUCAAAUGUUGGAGGCUUUCUGCGAUCCCCAGACAUGGUGUUACUGUGCUAUUCAAAUAUUCACUACGCUGCCAACGAGUGGGCUUGGCGCCUUUGCUGGUAUUAUUAUGACGGGUUUUAACUUCACGACCCUGCAAAGUCAGCUUCUCGCUAUGGUACUAGGCUUUUAUAUCAUUGUCAUCUUGUUGACAUCGGCCUGGCUGGUAAAGAAGUAUCAGCAGAAUUUACUCGUGAUGCUCGGAUUUAUCAUUCCAUCAUAUAUUGGUACCAUCGUCCUGAUGACAGUCGCAAACACCACAUUAGCCACUAAAGUCGGCCUGUUGAUAAGCUACUACAUCACCCUUUCCUUCUGGUCUGCACAAACCCUAUGUCUGUCAAUGGUCUCCCGAAACAUAGCCGGCCAAACAAAGAAGUCAAUAGUUAUAGCCGCGACCUUUGUUUCCUGGGCAGCUGGCAACGCGAUUGGCCCGCAAGUCUUCCUGGACUGGGACGCACCCCGUUAUCACAUCGCCUGGAGCGUGCACCUUGCCUGUUAUGUGUGCAUGACGGCAGCGGUGAUAUAUUUGCGUUUCCACUUGAUACGACAGAAUAAGAAGAAAGAUAAAAUUACAGCUACAUUUGGCGCGGUUGAUCCUAAUCUGGUUCACGCUUUCGAGGAUAAGACCGAUCGGGAGAACAUGAAUUUUCGUUAUGUUUAUUGA